AUGCUCUCACGUGUUGCUGCAGUGAAGGCACCCCGCACACACAACCGUCGCUGCGUGACCGGAUCCAGCGGGAGGAGGAGGGAAGGAGGAGAGAGUGAGCGGCGGAUGCCCAACAUGUCCCGGCAUCUCUUCUACUCUGCGGUGCUGCUCCUCCUCGUCGUGAUGAUGUGCUGCGGCAGUGGUGGUGCUGCAGCCGCUGUGGAGAACAGCGAUUCAGUGGCGGAUCCAAAUUUUGAAUGGAGGGGCGUUACUGAUGACAAGGAAACUGUGGACUCGUGGGGCGUUUGCAGCAUCCUGAAGGUGGGGAAUGACGUGUUUGCCGUUGCCGAGGCGCAGUGCAAGGAAAGAGGUGAAGCAUCCAAUAUCUUUACUGGCAUUGCAUCCCAACUUCUCACGGAAAAAAAUGAUAACACACCGGUGGAAGUAAUGAAUGAGGCCAAAAAGUAUACACAAGUACUGAAGGAAGGCACUUCCCCAAACAAUAAAAAAGUGGAUGUGAGCCGACCAACAACAGUUGUGAAGGAAAGUGAUAUUUACAUGCUUGUUGGAAAAUACAGCCAGACAGCUGUUGUUGUUCCUCCGAAGAAUGAUGCCGAGAUCUGGGGAUUCUUGCUGGUGAAAGGAGAAGUCAGUGAUAAAAAUAACAAAAGAAUCAAGUGGAGCGAUGCCAACGCUGUCCCGCAAGCAUCUGUUGGCGAACAACUCAUAUCCUGGACAGAGUUAAUUGGCAGCGGUGGAUCGGGUAUUGAGACGGAGGACGGCACGCUUGUGUUCCCAGUGCAAGGCACGAAGAAGGAGAACAAGGAGGAUGGAAAAACCGUUUCGUUGCUCAUAUACACCUUGAAGGACGCUAAUAGUUGGAAGCUGUCAAACGGGAUGUCUGCCGAUGGCUGUAGUGAUCCCUCCGUCGUGGAGUGGAAGGACAAAAAACUCAUCAUGAUGACUGCGUGUGAUGAUGGCCGCCGCAGGGUGUACGAGUCCGCUGACAAGGGGGAUUCGUGGACGGAGGCACUCGGGACACUCUCGCGUGUGUGGAGCAACAAAAAGGGCGAAGAAGUGAAGGCCGUUAGAAGCGGGUUCACCACGGCGACGAUUGGCGAUGUUGAUAAUAACAGGGAUGUGAUGCUCGUUACUCUGCCGGUGUAUUCCGAGAAGGACGAUAAAAAAGAAGACAAUGGAAAGAGUGAACUCCAUCUUUGGCUCACGGACAAUACGCACAUUGUUGAUAUUGGGCCGGUAUCCGAUGAUGACGCUGCCGCCAGCUCCCUGUUGUACAAAAGUGGUAAAGAUAGUGAUAAUGAUAAUGAGAAGGAGGAGUUGAUUGCACUGUACGAGAAGAAGAAGGGCGAUGAGGAAGCAUCACACAGUCUUUGGUCUGUGCGUCUGACUGCGCAGCUGCAGCGGGUGAAGGAUGUGCUGGCGACGUGGAAGAAAGUGGACGACCUUGUCUCCGAGCUGUGCCCCUCAAAAAGUGCUGAGGAGGAUGGCUCACCUGACGCUGCCUGCAGCCCUACUGUUAAGCUCACGGAUGGGCUGGUUGGCUUUUUGUCCGGCAACUUCUCUAAUGGCACAUGGAGGGACGAGUACCUCGGGGUGAACGCCACAGUGAAGGACAAUGAUGGGGGUAAUAAGGCAACAUUGCAUGAGGGCAGUGUGAAGUUCACGGGAGCGUGGGCGGAGUGGCCUGUUGGCAGUCAGGGGGAGAACCAGCUGUACCACUUUGCGAACUACAACUUCACUCUUGUGGCGACGGUGUCCGUCCACGGUGAGCCGAAGGAGGGUUCUCCCAUUCCUUUGAUGGGUGUGCGUCUGAGUCGUGAAGGAAACGAAAAAACUUUUGAGCUUUCGUACAACGACAAAGAAAAGAAGUGGCAGGUGCUGUGCGGUGGCGGAACCCCCGAGGAUCAAAGCCGCACUUUGGCGACGGAUACAACACACCACGUCGUGAUUUUGCUAAGAAAUGGCACCCAGGGCUCCGCGUACGUCGAUGGUAAGCGUGUGGGUGGGGAUGUGUCGUGCGCAUUGGGAAAUAAGGAUUCAAAAGAGAUCUCCCACUUUUACAUUGGAGGGGAUGGAAACAGUGCACGGAGCGAAGAAGACGUGUCUGUGACCGUGAGGAACGUCCUGCUGUACAACCGCCCGUUGAGUACUGCGGAGAUUACUGCGCUUAACCCGAAUAAAGUCCCCAUUCCACCUGUGGUGCCUGACAAUGCCCAGGGAACCCUGUCGCAGUCAUCUUCUGCCGGGCCACUGCUGGCGGAAAAAGAAUCGUUGAAUGAAAAUCAGGGUGCGGGCGGUGGCAGCACGUCCCCAUCAGCACCGUCCACUGUAACGACUUCGGGAGAAGAGUCCGUAAAGCAGUCGGCGUUGCGCGCUUCUCCCGGCGGAAGUAAACAAGUGGAUGCCGCUUCUUCAUCCGAUGGUGAUCCAACGGUGGGAGCGGAAGCUGGAGGUGCGAUGCAGGGAGACACACCACCUCAAGCUUCUGUGGAUACUCUCGACAAAGCAGAUACAAAUGCCCCUAUCGCUACGGACGUGGCUCAAGUUGAUCCCGCAGAUACAACUGAGGUGGGUGCGAGCUCUGGUGCGAAUGGGGAAACGGCGGAAGGGAUGGAUAGGCAGGAAGAGCUCCAUGCACAGCACGGCGAAGUAAAGGCUGCGGCACUCAGCAGCAGCCUCGGAAAUGUGUCGCAGGGGAAUAACAGCGAUGCCGGCAUUGUGCGUGGGAGCGGACUGCUGCCAUCGCUGCUCCUUCUGUUGGGACUGUGGGUGUUUGCGGCUCUGUGA